AUGCAGAAAGGGAGAGACAGGACAGUGGCUAAGAACUUUCCUACUUCAACAGUAGUUGAGAUUAGCAUUGUGGAACCAGGUGGCUCAGCACAUACUCAUUUUGGAGGUGACCUGAGUUCAGAUUCCUACACUUAUGUUAAUGCAUUGACCUAUGAUGACGUGCAUGUCGACUUCACUUGGGAAGAAUGGACUUUGCUGAAUCCUUCCCAGAAGAGUCUCUACAAAGAUGUGAUGCUGGAGACCUACAGAAACCUCACUACUAUAGGAUAUAAUUGGGAAGACCAUAAUAUUGAAGAACAUUGUCAAAGUUCUAGAAGACAUGACAGGUAA